CAAAACUGUGGGGCUAGUCCCAAACUCGUAUGAUGAUUGGCUUAGGCUGGAGGCUGCGUGAUGAUGCAUUCGUCCCCUACGUCCACUCCCCUUGUCGCACCGUCCAAGAACUGACAGAGAGAAACGCUCCCGGAAGCUGAGAGACUGGCUCUCGCUUCCCUCCCCCCUCCAUGAUGCAUGCCCGGUUGUUAUCAGAUCUUCAAGGGCAUUUCAGGCGACAUGGCUGGCCCUGUAUAUCCCUCCACCUGCGUGCAGCCUCUACAGAAGUACAGCCCUUACCCCAGCGGGCCCAAGUGGUCAUCUGUGGAGGUGGCAUUAUGGGUGCAUCAGUGGCAUAUCAUCUAUCCAAACUGGGCUGGCAUGACAUCUUGUUGCUGGAGCAAGGAAGGCUAGGUGCUGGUUCAACACGAUUCUGUGCUGGCAUGGUGAGCACAGUCAAACAUAUUUCCAUAGAAACAGAGAUGGCGGAUUAUUCGAAUAAACUUUAUCAACAACUGGAGGAGGAGACUGGAGUCCCUACAGGUUACACAAGGACUGGAUCUAUCUCCCUUGCACAGACACAAGAUCGGCUGAUAUCUCUGAAACGUAUGAUGGCUAGGUUAAGGAUGAAAGGAAUCCCAUGUGAAAUAAUUAGCCCAAAGCGGGUAGAGGAACUCCAUCCCUUGAUUAAUAUUCAUGACCUGGUGGGGGCUAUGUAUGUUCCUGAAGAUGCUGUGGUGUCCACUGCAGAUGUGACCCUUGCACUAGUGAACUCUGCUCAGAGAAGAGGUGUAACAGUCUUUGAACAUACUAGUGUCAACCAUGUGCUUGUGGAGAAAGGCCAUGUGACUGGUGUGGACACAGACCGGGGUCAAGUGGAGUGUGAAUAUUUUGUCAACUGUGCCGGGCAGUGGGCAUAUGAGCUGGGCCUGUCCAAUGAAGAGCCUGUUAGCAUUCCCCUACAUGCUUGUGAACACUUCUAUCUACUGACCCGUCCGCUACGCAAUCCCUUGCAGAACAAUACACCAACUGUUGUAGACCCUGACGGGAGGAUUUAUAUCCGCAAUUGGCAGGGAGGAAUAUUGUCUGGUGGCUUUGAAAAGAAUCCAAAACCUAUCUUCACAGAGGGCAGAAACCAGAUGGAGAUACAAAACCUGCAAGAAGACUGGGACCACUUUGAACCUCUGCUCACUGCUUUGCUGCGCCGUAUGCCCUCGCUGGAGGCUUUAGAAAUUCAGAAUCUGGUGAAUUGCCCUGAGUCAUUCACACCGGACAUGCGCUGCCUAAUGGGUGACAGCCCAAACCUACUUGGAUACUUCACGCUAGCAGGAAUGAACUCCCAGGGGUGCUCCCUUGGUGGGGGAGCUGGCAAGUUUCUUGCUGAGUGGAUGGUCUCUGGAUAUCCACAAGAGAAUGUGUGGCCUUUGGACAUCAAGAGGUUUGGGGCCUUGCAAAGUAGCCGGACCUUCCUAAGGCACCGUGUCAUGGAAGUCAUGCCUCUGAUCUAUGACCUGAAGGUGCCACGUUGGGACUUUCAGACCGGUCGCCAGCUCCGCACAUCUCCCUUGUAUGACCGGCUGGAUGCUCAGGGAGCGCGCUGGAUGGAGAAGCAUGGCUUUGAGAGGGCAAAGUACUUUGUACCUCCUGGAAAAGAUUUGCUGGCUCUUGAUCAGAGCAAAACCUUCUACAAGCCAGACUGGUUUGAUAUUGUGGGAUCAGAAGUGAAGUGCUGUAAAGAAGCUGUAUGUGUGAUUGACAUGUCAUCCUUCACCAAGUUUGAGAUCAGUUCACCUGGGGACCAGGCUCUAGAUAUUCUUCAGUACCUUUUUUCCAAUGACCUUGAUGUCCCUGUUGGACAUGUUGUGCACACCGGGAUGCUGAAUGAGAGAGGAGGAUACGAGAAUGACUGCAGUAUUGUAAGAGUCAACAAGCGAAGUUUCUUCAUGAUCUCCCCAACCGAUCAGCAGGUCCAUUGCUGGUCAUGGCUGCGACAGCACAUGCCAAGCGACAGCGAUCUGGUGCUGGAGGAUGUGACCUGGAAAUAUACAGCCCUGAACCUGAUUGGUCCUCGUGCCAUGGAUGUGCUUUCUGAAUUAUCCUAUGCCCCGAUGACACCUGACCACUUUCCCUCAAUGUUUUGCAAGGAGAUGAGUGUGGGCUAUGCCAAUGGAAUCAGAGUAAUGAGUAUGACGCAUACAGGGGAGCCAGGCUUCACACUGUACAUCCCUAUUGAGUAUGCAUUGCAUGUCUACAAUGAGUUGAUAAGUGUGGGGCAAAAGUAUGGCAUUCGUAAUGCAGGAUACUAUGCGUUACGAAGUCUGCGUAUUGAGAAAUUUUUUGCAUUCUGGGGCCAAGACUUGGACCCAUUCACUACACCACUGGAAUGUGGUCGGGAAUUCCGCGUAAAGCUGGACAAGGGCUGCAAUUUUAUUGGCCGAGAUGCCUUAUUGCGCCAACGUGAAGAAGGAGUAUUCAAGCGAUUUAUCAUGUUUGUUCUGGAGGACCACGACACUGACCUGGACCUGUGGCCUUGGUGGGGAGAACCAAUCUACCGUAAUGGGGAGCAUGUAGGCAAAACUACUAGCAGUGCUUACAGUUACACUUUGGGCAAACAUGUGUGUCUGGGGUUCGUUCACAGUCAGGAUCCCAUCACACCUGAGUUUAUUAACCGAGGAGAGUAUCAAAUUGAUAUUGCUGGUCAGAGAUUUCAGGCCAAAGCCAAACUGUAUCCAUUCAGCUCUUUAUUUACCCAGAGGCGCAGGAAAGAAGAUUUAGAGAUGGGAUAUUAAGACCAGUCGUACGUGGGAGUGGGAUAAUAUAACUGAUGAAGUGUGCUGCAAAUCAGUGGGAAAACAAUGCACUUCUGCUUAAGACAAGCUAGUGGAAGAUGUCAGUAUAUCCUUUUGUAUAGCAAGAAAGAGGAGAAAGACAAACGCUGGUUUACUGUGAGCUUCAGAGAAUUAUCAUAGCUUUGGUUAUAGAUGUGUACGCCAGAGCCAGGUGAAGUGAAAAGGGAAGAUAUAGCAUGCAUCAUAUUGAAUUCUAGAGGAAUACUGAAUGUAACAAUGGUUAGUAACUGUGGGUUGCCAAAAUUAAUGCUACAAAUCAGGACCAUUAAUACUGCAUCGGUUAUGGAUUCUUGUGUGUACUGAAUUUGCUGGUAAUAAGAAAGCAGUGGUUUUGUGUUGCAGUAAUUAAGUGGUCCUCUCUAUGUACUGUAUUUUUUUUAGGAUAUCAGUUUUACCCAGUCUUCCUCUUAACUCUGUAGAGCGUUUAUAUAGAACGCUUCCUCUAAGCACAUUUUCAUGAUCUUCUGUGCCAUGACAGUAUAAACAAAUGUCGUCUAUACAGCGACAAACUUUUACACAUAUUAGAAGCUUGAGAUCUGAUAAAAUGCAAAAAUUACAUAAAGUACCUAUUGAUUUUAAUCUUUUAAAUGCACUUUAGGAUUGUGAUACAUAUCCACAAAACUUAAUUUGGUUAGGUGGUUAUGACCUUGAACCCAAAGUACAUAUUUUUAUUCUGGGGGUAUAUCUAUAGCUUCUAUACUAGUUCAUUUGUGAUGGUUCGUUUUGAGAAAAUACACUCCUGUGUCCUGUUUGUGGUCUCCUAGCUCUGUUAAUGCUAUGGAGCAAACAUACUCAAAGCUAGUGGCAUGGAUGUACCAGGCUGUGAGUGCCACAAGUUCUGCAGUGCAAUGUUCUUAUAUUUUUAUUGUUGUAUAUAGAUAACAGUAACAUACAAAUAAAGCACAUAGCUUGAGAAAUUAAAUUAUGUUCACUUCAAGAAUAAAAAGAUCCAAAUUUAAUCCUUCACUACCCUAUGGGAUGGGAUAGCUCAUUUGGUUACCUCAGAUGUGUAUCACUUGCCAGGGAUCAACCAAGCGCUUAUUUCAGUCACCUUCUAUUACCUGAUCUCCUAUAUAAGAUUUUCACCAACACCUUUAUAACUCUUGCUCCAGCGACAGCUACAAGAUACACAUUCUCUAUACCAUGUCUACUUAGGUAAGUGUUGUGCAUCCUGGCUAGCAGAUUAUAAGAUGCAGAUAUCGGAAUCCUCCCUGUUUCCAAUAACAAUCUGUAUUUAUCGAUUAGGAUUUAUACAGCUUUAUAUGUUACAGUUUUAUAAGUAUGUGAUUGCAGGAUGAGUGUAAUGACACACACUUUGUUUUCCUGUUAGUUUGUGAUCCUCUGAGUGUUAUGUAAGGACAAGUUCACACAGUGAAUCACAGCAUUCUCUGGUUAAGACAUAGUUAACCUGUGCUAUGCAAAAUAUGUUAUUAUUGGAAGCAGAGGCGAGUCCUGUCUGGCAGUGUCUUGUGUUUACUAGACAAAUUAACAGUUCUGCCCAAUAUACAUAGAGUUCUCAGUCCAACAACAUACUCUUUGUGAGGUGCUUAUAUUUACUUCCACUCAGUGAGUGGUCUGCAGAGCAUUGCGUGUACUUUUUUUUUUACAGAUAUACAGAACAUUGCAUAAUCUCUUCUGCAGCGCCAUUUACAGACCUGCAUAUUGUCAGAGCAUUGACUAUUUCUGAACUGUAGUCAUGCAGAAUGUUGUGUGAACCCUGAUAUACUGCAGAAUACUAUGGGAUCUUCGUGAACAACAAUUUUCAGAAUGUUGCUUUAGGCAAGUGCUUUUAAAUCUGAGAUCAGUAGUUUUUCAAAGUAAUAUAAUUUAAUAAAAAGUUUAAUAGAA